AUGGUCACUAAUCAACUGAUCCAAAGCGAAAAUUAUACUCCAUUCCCAUUUACAACACGUCAAAAUGGCAUCAGAGAUGAUUAUGACAUAUCAACAGAAGAAUUAGGUGCUGGCAUAAGUGGAAAAUAUGCUUGGACCCCAACGACACAUAUUGAUCAUCAUGGAAUGGUACAUUUGGGAUUUUCUUUAAUCAAUGUAUCUAUGUAUGUUUAUCUUAUCAUGAACUUUUAUUCUAGUAUGGAAGGUGGUGAAUUAUUCAGUCGAAUAGAAAAACGAGGUCAAAAUCCGUAUACUGAACGUGAUGCUGCUAGAUAUAUUUGGAUGAUUGUCCAAGCUGUUAAUCAUUUACACAAAAUGGAUAUCGCCCAUCGUGAUUUAAAACCAGAAAAUCUACUUCUAACCGAUGAAAGUGAUGAUGCUAUUCUUAAACUUAGUGACUUCGGAUUCGCCAAAGAAGGACAUAAUGAAUCAUUACCACUGCACACUCCGUUAUUCACAUCAUAUUACGUCGUACCAGAGAUUCUGAAACAUAAUAAAUACGACAAAGCUUGUGAUAUUUGGUCUCUUGGUGUAAUUAUGUAUAUUCUACUAUGUGGUUAUCCUCCGUUUUAUCCGGAAGGCAAUCGUAUGCUGAGUUCUGGUAUGAAGAAUAGAAUUACAGCCGGUGCUUAUGAAUAUCCAGAAAGAGAAUGGGAGAAUAUUUCAUCACAAGCUAAAUCCACUAUUAACCAAAUGCUUACAGUGGACACUGCACUACGUAUUACAAUUGAUGAAGUUCUCAAAUGUUCAUGGCUUACGGAAUUGACAUCUACGAGACCAAUUCAUAUGGUUGCACUUCAAGAUGAAGAAGAUCGACGACAAUUAGAAGUACUUGCAUCUGCUACGGAUAGUCAACGCCGAACUGAUGAUGAUUUAGGUAUUAAUAUAUCUGGUCCAGAGGCAUCACGUAUUGCUAGACGAGCAGCCAAACGAAAACAACAAAAUGAUGCGACUAAUGUGAAACAAAACAAUGAAUCAAAUAUGAAUUAA